GGCAUGGUGAUUGAACCAGCGUAUUUGACCAAGAAGAUAGCAGAGCUACAACACUCGUUUGGGAUCUACUGUCGUUCUGGGAUGAUAACGUAUGUAGGAGGUUUUCUUACGUGUGGAUCUUUCUUUACUCUCACUGCCAUAGCAGUUGACAGGUACCUCGUGGUCCAUUCAGGGACCAAAUAUAAAACAAUAGUCACUAAUACGAGGGUGACAUGGGUAAUCAUAACAUUGUGGGUCCUAUCGGGGACUCUUUUCUCGGCACAGCUGUAUGCCUCUAGAGACUUGUACUUCAAGUUGACAGCCGCUUUCAUGGUAGGCUGCUUUGUCAUAGCAUCAUUUUGCUACAUCAAGUGUUUUUUAACCUUAAGAAAGCAAAAGAGAGAAGUGAAUACGUUUUUGAAAGUGAAUUCCACUCAGCAAGGAAUAACGAAUGUUCAACGCUACAAAAAAUCAAUUUACACCAUGUUGUACAUCUUCCUCAUCUUCAACCUCUGUUAUCUACCCUACCUGUGUACCGCGGGGUCUGCUGGGAUACUAGGGGAGUCGGCAGCCAUCUGGGGUGCAGAGAGCUUGUCUGCUGUCAUCAUUCUUGCCAAUUCGCUCAUUAAUCCUAUAAUAUUAUUCUGGCGAAUGAAGGAAAUACGAAAGGCAGUAAGCUCCACUAUUUCGAUCAUCCAUUAUUCACAAGGCAGACAUUGCGCAGGCAAAUCUUUUUCCAAUCAACAAGUGCAGAUACAACACUUGCAUAUCAAGCAUCUUAAUAACAUCUAAUUAACUUAAUUCAGACUUAUAUUUAUUUUAAUCUUUUAUUCAUUAGCUUUACAACUUGUAAUUAUUUAAAAAUUCUGCUCUUAAACUCGCAAGUUUAAUGUGGUAGUUGCACACACACUUAUUUUAAUACACGAAUUUGACUAACCUCUAAAUAGUCGCACAAAUUUAUCACUUUUGUAACAACGGGCCGGUCGACCGUCAGCCUCAUGCCUCUGACAUCAAAUUCAGUGAAAAUGCACGGGGGAAAAUCAUAACAAAAAGUCUUGAAUCAAAAACUGUUGUCUGAAAAAGGGAGUUGGAAUAAAGUACGAUAAAUAUGAAUAAUGUAUACGAAAUAAAGGAAACAUCUCAUGGC